UUGCGCCGCCCUCGGCUCUUGGGGUCCGCGGAGUGGGCGGGCGAGGUGACCUAGGGCCGUGCUGAGUCAUGGGACGCCGGCCCGGUGGUGCUGCGGGGUAGGGGCCCUUACCGGGGAGCGGCGUCCCUUGCCCCGGGCCGGUCUACGGGCCUUGGCGGGUGCUGGGGUCCGGGAAGGCACGGAGGCUGCCGUUAAAGCCCUGCUGGGGAGUGCUGGGGGUCGCGGUGUUUCCGAGCCCGCCGGAGCCAGGGCCGCUGCACUUCCUGAAGGCAGUCAGGCCUCCGCGCGCCGCGGUGGAUAGUAGUGAUGUGGGCACCUCAGGCGCACUGCUGUGCCUUGAGAGCCUUGCUUUGUGGAGUAUUUCAUGGUUUUCUUCUCAUGUUUGACUUUCGCGGUGAUCUUCCCUUGUGUCAUGUCUCCCAGAAUUCCAGAGGUGCUUCUUCUCUGUUGAAGGAUACUAUCCCAAUUACUGAAUUUUCAGCUUCAGGACCAUUUGAAGGACAUGAUCUUCUGCGUCGAGGCUUUACAAGUGUCAAAAAUGAACUGAUGCCCAGCCACCCACUGGAGCUGUCAGAAAAAAAUUUCCAGUUAAAUCAAGAUAAAACAAACUUUGACACGCUGAGAAAUAUUCAAGGAAUCCAUGCACCUUUAAAGCUGCAGAUGGAAUUCAGAGCGGUGAAACAGGUCCAGCGUCUCCCAUUUCUUCACAGCUCAAACAUAGCAUUGGACACUCUGAGAGGAAAUGCUGAAUGCAUUGGUUUUGAGGAUAUCCUUAAUGAUCCAUCACAGAGUGAAGUUAUGGGAGAACCACACAUGAUGAUGGAAUACAAACUUGGUUUAUUGUAACAAAAUGUACUCCCUAAAAAUGUUCCAUGUGUGUCUUUAUACUGCAGAUCUGAAUACAUGAUACUAAAUGACACUCACAGUGUUAAGCAGUCCUACAGUUAUCAUUUGCCUUCCUUCGUGAAAAGGCACAUUAAAUGUUAGAAGUCUAUAAGUUGUUCUGUGCUUGUUGUCAAUUACAUAAAUGUCCUGUAACUAGAAAGUUUCAGUAAUGACUCCUCAUACACUGCUCAGGACAAUAGCUUAACUAUGGAAAUGCCAUAGAUGUAUACAAGAAAUCCAAAAAUAUCCAUGCAUUUUAAAGCAGAUUACUGUAGGUAAAUGCAUUUAAUAUUUGUUCUUGCAGAAGAACUUUUUAAGGGGGAAAAGGUAUUUUCCAUCGAGUAACUCUCUGUUCAUGAAAACUUCCAUACACUUUUUAAACUAUUGAAUAAAAGUUUGCUAUAAAUGCU